AGGCGGUCUCGCGCCUGCGCGCUGCAGGAGCGCCCGAGGGCCAUGUCAGGUUGGUCGGCGUGUCUGUGACGGGAAGACGGGCGGUGUGGAGGCCUGUGAGCCUCCCGAAUCGGCGCCACCAUGAGCAGCACCUUAGCCAAGAUCGCGGAGAUCGAAGCCGAGAUGGCCCGUACCCAAAAGAAUAAGGCCACAGCUCACCAUCUGGGACUGCUGAAGGCUCGGCUGGCUAAGCUUCGCAGAGAACUCAUUACUCCAAAAGGUGGUGGAGGAGGAGGACCAGGAGAAGGUUUUGAUGUGGCCAAGACGGGUGACGCUCGAAUUGGGUUUGUGGGUUUUCCAUCUGUCGGGAAGUCCACACUGCUCAGUAACUUGGCAGGUGUGUAUUCUGAGGUGGCAGCCUAUGAGUUCACUACUCUGACCACUGUGCCUGGUGUCAUCAGAUACAAAGGUGCCAAGAUCCAGCUCCUUGAUCUCCCAGGUAUUAUUGAGGGUGCCAAGGAUGGGAAAGGUAGAGGCCGUCAGGUCAUUGCAGUGGCCCGGACCUGUAACUUGAUUCUGAUUGUUCUGGAUGUUCUGAAACCCUUGGGACAUAAGAAGAUAAUUGAAAAUGAGCUGGAAGGCUUUGGUAUUCGCUUAAACAGCAAACCCCCUAACAUUGGCUUUAAGAAAAAGGAUAAAGGAGGCAUUAAUCUCACAGCCACUUGCCCUCAGAGUGAGCUGGAUGCUGAAACUGUGAAGAGCAUUCUGGCUGAAUACAAAAUUCAUAAUGCUGAUGUGACUCUGCGUAGCGAUGCCACAGCAGAUGACCUCAUUGAUGUAGUGGAAGGAAACAGAGUUUAUAUUCCCUGCAUCUAUGUGUUGAAUAAGAUUGAUCAGAUCUCCAUUGAGGAACUAGAUAUCAUCUAUAAGGUGCCUCACUGUGUACCCAUCUCAGCUCAUCACCGCUGGAAUUUUGAUGAUCUGUUGGAAAAGAUAUGGGACUAUCUGAAACUAGUGAGAAUUUAUACAAAACCCAAAGGGCAGUUGCCAGAUUACACAUCUCCAGUGGUGCUGCCUUAUUCCAGGACCACAGUGGAGGAUUUCUGCAUGAAGAUUCAUAAAAAUCUUAUUAAAGAAUUCAAAUAUGCUCUGGUCUGGGGUCUCUCUGUGAAACAUAAUCCUCAAAAAGUGGGUAAAGACCAUACGUUGGAGGAUGAGGAUGUCAUUCAGAUUGUGAAGAAGUGAAACCUUUACCUUUCUACGAGGCCAACCGCAGCAGCUUUCCCUUUGACCAAGCACCCUGUCCCAAGCCCCUUCUUGUUUUGGCAGCUACUGGAUCAGGAUUCAGGGGAGGGAGAUGGAGGAACCCAAACUGGAACUUCACUUAUCUUGGUGUCACCAUGUUUAUUGAACUGCAUAAAUUAUCUGGUAGGCCAGCUGGCUAUGUACAGUU